GCGGAAGUAGUAGGGCCCAGCCGGAAGUCGGAAGCGGCGGGGCGGGAGCCGCCCGGAGCGCCCGCGGCCAUGGCGGAGAAGUUCGACCACCUGGAGGAGCACCUGGAGAAGUUCGUGGAGAACAUCCGGCAGCUCGGCAUCAUCGUCAGCGACUUCCAGCCCAGCAGCCAGGCGGGGCUCAACCAGAAGCUGAAUUUCAUCGUCACCGGCCUGCAGGACAUUGAUAAAUGCAGACAGCAGCUACAUGACAUUACUGUGCCUUUAGAAGUGUUUGAGUACAUUGACCAAGGCCGGAAUCCCCAGCUCUACACCAAGGAGUGCCUGGAGCGGGCACUGGCCAAGAACGAGCAGGUCAAGGGCAAGAUUGACACCAUGAAGAAAUUCAAGAGCCUGCUGAUCCAGGAGCUGUCCAAGGUGUUCCCCGAGGACAUGGCCAAGUACCGGAGCAUUCGGGAGGAGGAGCAUCCGCCUUCCUAACUCACUGCCCACUGGGCCUGGGGAGGUUGCUGAGCCAGUGCAUGAUUCCCCUAGCUUUGGGACUGUUCUGACCCAGGCCAGCACUGCUCAGCGACUCCUGUGCUGCCGUCACAGUGCCAGAGCGCAAGCAGGGAAGGAAGGAGGAGGAUUUGGCUUGAGCUGCGGCCUUGAGUGUAGAUUCCAGACUGUUACAGGUGUAGGAUGCUGGACUCACCCGGACCAGACCUGCAAUAAAGUCUUAAGUCACCACUGGUUUCA